AUGAAUUUCUCGGCCUUUGGGGGACCGUUUUCGGGCAUCCAUCAAUUUGCGGCCAAAUUUGGCAGCAAUGAUGGUGCGUUUACCAGCACCAAUAGUCCCGGAAAUGGUGCGGCCGGCACUAAUGGUGUCGGCGGACUAGGAGCAUCCGCCGGAAAUAAUGGGGUAGGCGGUGUGGCGACGACAGGUGGUAAUCUUGGCCAGCAGCAGGACCUGAACCGGUAUCACGGUGCGACGAAUGGAAACCAUUUCAAUCAGAACACUACCUCAAUGGUUAAUACACCGAUGUCUUACGGGCAAAAUAUGACACAUCCCUACGGUGGCGGUGCAAAUCAACAAACUACCAACGAUCACACCACCUUUGGCAAUGGGAACACCUCGAUGGGCAACGAUCACCAGUCGAAGGUCACCAAAGGAGGAAACGUGCUGAAGGUGGAUCGUGACGACAUGAUCAACCAACAAAUCCUACAAAACGUUAACCAAUCCUGGCAAACGCUAACCAACCCCUCCAAUACGGUCGAUUACUCGUCGCAUCUGCUGUCGGCCACGCUGCCAAUUUCCAUCCAGCAUCUGCUAAAGUAUUCCGAAACGAUCAAGAAAGAACCGAACAGUGGGUCCGUCGCUGGCUCUGGACUUAACUCGCCCGGACCGCUUAGCGGUUUGAUCGGGGUGGAAACGAACGCAUUCAAUGUGCAGAAAGAUUUGCUGAGUCUCAAGAAUGGUUCAAAUUUAAACUUGGCACUCGGUAAUGUGGCGGUCAGUGCCGCUGCUGCAAGCCUGGGACUAAACCAUCAACACUUGAUGCAACACCAUCAGCAGCAGCAACAGCAGCAACAUUCUGCAAGUGCGAAUCAUCACACGGACAAUGGAUUCGUUAACCAGCAAACAUCGCUCGCCAACAGUAUGGCGGCUAAUGGGGGAGGCCAAAAUGUAGUCAGCUCCGAUGCGCACAAUUCUAGCAGCAGUACCGUAAAUGGUGGUGGUGGUGCUGCAAAUGGAGACGAAGCCCCAACAACAGGGACGGGUAAAACUAAGACGAAAAAGCAAAAGAAACGUAAACCACCGAAGGAAAAGAAACCGCGCCCAAAACCGGGCCAGAUACGGGAAACGAAAGCGCUCGAUGGGUCUCCACUGUUCUGCUGUCCCGAGUGUCAAAUGGCUUAUCCGGAGCGAGGUUUAAUCGAGCAACAUGUCAUCUCGCACGCGGUCGAGCGCCGUUUUGUGUGUGACAUCUGUAAUGCGGCUCUUAAGCGGAAGGAUCAUCUGACUCGGCAUAAAUUGUCGCACAUUCCUGAUCGUCCACACAUUUGCAGUAUUUGUCUUAAAUCCUUCAAGCGCAAAGAGCAGUUAACACUUCACAUAGUAAUACACACGGGCGAGAAGAAGCACAUCUGUGGCGAGUGUGGUAAAGGAUUCUACCGCAAGGAUCAUCUCCGCAAGCACACCCGUUCCCACAUAGCACGACGCGUAAAAUCGGAAAUGUCCGCUUCGAAUGGUGCUGGUAGCGGUAGCGGCAGUGGUACGGCGAAUGGUAAUGCCACACAAAACAAUAGCACCUUGGCAGGAUCACUGAUGGCUACCAAUAUGCAAGGUGCCCCAGUAACUGCCUCCUGAGGGUCGUACAAGGACUUUUGGUAAGGUGUGUCAGU